GGUGAUUGACAUUUAGCCCCCUACCGCCGUGAAAGGGGUAGGUGGACGUUGCGGCAGGGCGUGUGGCGCACGCAGUCCGGGGAUCCAGGAGGGCGGUGGCCGGCGCAGGUGGAUGGCGGCAGUGUAUGAGGUUAAUAUUAAAGACAUGGUUUUCAUCUCACUUCAUCAACACAUAUAAAUUUUCUUUCUGGACCCCUGUUUGAUGUCAAGAUGCAACAUGCUUUAGAACUAGCUUUGGAUCGUGCAGAGUAUAUCAUUGAAAGUGCUCGACAGAGACCUCCUAAAAGGAAAUACCUAUCUAGUGGAAGAAAAUCUGUAUUUCAAAAGCUGUAUGACUUGUAUGUUGAGGAAUGUGAAAAGGAACCAGAGGUUAAGAAAUUAAGAAGAAAUGUGAACUUGUUAGAGAAGCUUGUUAUGCAAGAGACUUUGUCAUGUUUAGUGGUCAAUCUGUACCCAGGAAAUGAAGGAUAUUCUCUGAUGCUCAGGGGAAAAAAUGGAUCAGAUUCUGAGACCAUUCGACUGCCUUAUGAAGAAGGGGAAUUGCUUGAAUAUCUAGAUGCAGAAGAAUUACCUCCUAUUUUGGUUGAUCUCCUAGAAAAAUCUCAGGUUAAUAUUUUUCAUUGUGGAUGUGUCAUAGCAGAAAUACGUGACUAUAGGCAAUCCAGUAACAUGAAAUCUCCAGGUUACCAGAGUAGGCACAUUCUCCUACGUCCAACAAUGCAGACUUUAAUCUGUGAUGUUCACUCAAUAACAAGUGAUAACCAUAAAUGGACCCAGGAAGACAAACUUUUGCUGGAGAGCCAACUGAUUCUAGCUACAGCUGAACCACUGUGUCUUGAUCCUUCUAUAGCAGUAGCCUGCACUGCAAACAGACUGCUCUAUAAUAGGCAGAAGAUGAAUACUCGCCCAAUGAAACGGUGUUUCAAGAGGUAUUCCAGGUCCUCUCUGAACCGGCAGCAGGAUCUGUCCCAUUGUCCCCCUCCUCCUCAGCUGAAAUUACUUGAUUUCUUACAAAAAAGAAAGGAAAGAAAAGCAGGUCAGCAUUAUGACCUGAAAAUUUCUAAAGCAGGAAAUUGUGUAGAUAUGUGGAAACGGAGUCCCUGUAAUUUGGCCAUACCUUCUGAAGUGGAUGUAGAGAAAUAUGCUAAAGUGGAAAAGUCUAUCAAACCUGAUGAUUCACAACCAACAGUUUGGCCAGCCCAUGAUGUAAAAGAUGAUUAUGUAUUUGAAUGUGAAGCUGGUAAUCAGUAUCAAAAAACAAAGCUGACCAUCAUGCAAUCACUUGGUGAUCCACUUUACUAUGGUAAAAUACAGCCAUAUAAAGCAGAUGAAGAAAAUGACAGCCAGAUGUCUCCAUCCCACUCCUCCACAGAUGAUCAUUCAAAUUGGUUCAUUAUUGGGUCAAAGACUGAUGCUGAGAGGGUAAUUAAUCAGUACCAAGAAUUGGUCCAGAAUGAAGCUAAAUGUCCAGUCAAGAUGUCACAUAGCUCUAGUGGCUCAGCUAGUCUAAGUCAACUUUCUCCAGGGAAAGAAACAGAACAGCCUGAGACUGUGUCAGUUCAGUCUUCAGUAUUGGGGAAGGGGAUAAAACAUCGACCUCCACCCAUCAAACUUCCCUCAAGCUCAGGAAAUAGUUCCUCAGGUAACUAUUUUACACCACAGCAGGCCAGCAGCUUUCUUAAAUCUCCGACUCCUCCUCCUCCUUCUAAACCAGCAAGUCUUUCUCGAAAGUCAUCUGUUGAUCUCAGCCAAGUUAGCAUGCUUUCUCCAGCUGCCCUGUCACCUGCCAGCUCAUCACAAAGAUCUGGAACUCCUAAGCCAUCUACUCCUACACCAACCCCUUCAUCGACCCCACACCCUCCUGAUGCUCAGAGCUCAACUCCUAGUACCCCUUCAGCUACCCCUACUCCCCAAGAUUCAGGCUUCACCCCUCAGCCCACUUUGUUAACUCAGUUUGCUCAGCAGCAAAGGUCUCUGAGCCAGGCAAUGCCUGUAACGACCAUUCCUCUUUCCACCAUGGUAACAUCUAUAACUACAGGAACCACAGCCACCCAGGUCAUGGCAAACUCUGCUGGACUUAACUUCAUCAAUGUAGUGAGCUCUGUUUGUGGGGCACAGGCUUUGAUGAGUGGUUCAAACCCCAUGCUGGGCUGUAACACUGGUGCCAUAACUCCUACAGGAAUAAACCUGAGUGGCCUUCUACCCUCAGGAGGUUUGCUACCGAAUGCAUUGCCCAGUGCAAUGCAGGCAGCUUCUCAAGCAGGUAUUCCGUUUGGUUUAAAAAAUACUUCAAAUCUCAGGCCUUUAAAUCUACUCCAGCUUCCUGGUGGUUCGGUCAUUUUUAACACCCUGCAGCAACAGCAGCAGCAGCAGCAACAGCAGCAACUCUCACAGUUUGCACCACAACCACCUCAGCAGCCCACAGCUUCUAGUCCUCAACAGCCAGGGGAGCAGGGGUCUGACCAAGGUUCAACUAGUCAAGAACAGGCCUUGUCUGCUCAGCAAGCUGCUGUUAUUAAUCUGACUGGAGUAGGAAGUUUUAUGCAGUCGCAGGCAGCUGCAGUUGCGAUUCUUGCAGCAUCAAAUGGCUGUGGCAGCAGCAGCAGCACAAACAGCUCAGCUACAUCGGCAUCGGCAUACAGGCAGCCAGUCAAAAAGUAAAAUGAAGAGAGGCACACCAACCACUCCAAAAUUCUGAGUUCUUUUUUUUUUUUUUUAAACAAAACAACAGAAGAGCAUUGAAUCAAAAGAAUUGAGUUUCUACUGUUUUUUAAGGUGUCAGUAUUUUACAUCGCUAUUUCUACAGAAGCACAACCCUUUGAUUUUUAAAUGAAAACAGGGAAACUGCCUAAGUCAUUGCUUUUUCAAAAUGGUUUCGCUGUACAUAAUAUACGUGGACAUGACCUAAAAAAUAGUAGAAACAUCUUUCAGAAGAAUGUAGUUUGAUAUUUAUUUAGUAUAAAAAGUUUGUGGACAGUAUAACAAAUACAGUUUUUACAAAUCUGUUUUGAAAA